AUGGCAAGAGGACCCCCAUCACCACAGGCCAUCGUCCUCAUCCUCCUUCACUUCGUCUUCCUCGCGUCUACCGUGCUCGCUUAUCAGCCGCUCGACGAUGACUGGUUGCGCAACAUCACAUCGAGCGACGACGAGCUAGACCCCAAAACCGGCGCACUUCUCGCCCCCAUCCUCAUUCCUCGUGUGCCCGGCACGCCGGGUCAGGUCAAGACCCAGGCGCACUUUGUCAACUUCUUCAAGACGCAGCUGCCCAAGUGGUCCAUUCAAUGGCAAAACUCAACCGGGAAAACCCCUGCCACUGGCAACAAGGACAUUCCGUUCCAGAACCUCAUUAUCCGGAGAGAACCGCCCUGGACGAAGCCAGGCCAGACCAACUGGCUGACCCUCGUCGCCCACUAUGACAGCAAGAUCAAACCUGAUGGCUUCAUCGGCGCCACCGACAGCGCUGCGCCAUGUGCCAUGCUGAUGCACGUUGCGCGCUACAUUGACCCCUACAUCACCCAGAUGCAGGACGAGAUGGUCGGCCUCGGCGAGAGUGGUGGUACCCCGGCCAUGGACAUGGGCAUCCAGAUUCUCCUGCUCGACGGCGAGGAAGCGUUCGUGUCCUGGACUGACACCGAUUCUCUCUACGGAUCCCGGUCCCUCGCUACCGAAUGGGAAAAUCCCAACCCGGCCAUGUCUUACUACAAGAACCCCUUGGACCAAAUCAGUGUAUUCGUCUUGCUUGACCUCCUCGGUGCCGCCAACCCCUCCAUCCCCUCCUAUUUUACGCCAACCCACUGGGCCUACCAGAACCUCGCUUCUAUUGAAAACCGCAUGCGCAAGCUCCGUCUCCUCGAGUCCAAGCCCAAUGCACCUUUCCUGCCCGAUGGUGAGCUGAGCUCUAAGGAGCUCCGCGGCGGGUUCGUCGGCGAUGAUCACGAACCCUUCAUGGCAAAGGGUGUUCCUAUCUUGCACCUGAUCCCGACGCCAUUCCCGUCUGUGUGGCACACGAUGAACGAUGAUGGGGACCAUCUCGACAUGCCGACAGUGAGGGACUGGACCAAGAUCGUGACGGCGUUCGCCAUGGAGUGGCUAGACAUGAUGGAGCUGAAACCCGCCGACGCACAGAGGUGA